UUUGUUUUUGCAUAUAUUUAAGCAAGACAUAUAUUUUGAAGCUAGUCAUUAACACCUCAAUUACCAAAAAUGUUGACAUCGCGCUGGAAACUGUUGUCAUUGCGCCUACAAUGGCUCCGUCAUUGUUCCACCACACAGGUGGGCAAACAAAAGGAGGCUCGCCUUGAUGUUCACGAUCCUUUACAGACGAUAGCAUUGAAAGAGCAAUGCAUAUUGGUAGAUGAAAACGACAAGGCCAUUGGUGCUGCUACCAAGGCUGACUGUCAUCGAGUAGAUCCCCAAACGAAUGAUGUAAGACUGCACCGCGCCUUCAGCGUGUUUCUGUUUAAUACCAAAGGCGAGAUGCUGGUCCAAAGGCGAUCCGUACACAAGAUAACCUUUCCCGACACCUACACCAAUGCCUGUUGCAGUCAUCCUUUGCAUGAAAUAUACGAGGAACGAGAAGAGGAUCAAGCCCUGGGCAUACGACUGGCUGCCCAACGUCGGCUAAAUUAUGAACUGGGAAUACCCAAAGAUGAGAUACAGCCAAAGGAUUUUCAUUACCUCACCCGAAUCCACUAUGCCGACAAGGGCGAUGGCAUUUGGGGUGAGCAUGAAAUCGAUUACAUUCUAUUUCUACAGAAAGAUGUAACGGUAAGGCCAAACAGCAAUGAGGUCAGUGAGGUGCGGUAUCUCAAACGCGAUGAGAUUGACGAUGCAGUAUCGAAAUUUCAUGCCCCUUUGACGCCAUGGUUUUCUCUAAUAUUGCGACACCGGCUCAAACAAUGGUGGGACAAUUUACACAGACUAAGUCAGUUCGAGGACUUGAAUAAAAUCCAGCGCUUUUAAAAAUAUAUAAAUGUUUGUAUAUAUGCGCCAAGUCAAAUAUGCAAAUGAAUCUCUACAUAA